GGGGAUAUUUGGCUUAAACCGGGUCACACUGACCAGGUGAGAAGCUAUUUUUUUUGUUAGAAAUUACUCAUUUUUUGGAAAUAAACGACGCAAAAAGCGCCAAAAAAAGCGGAAUCGUUCGUGCAAAAACCCCGGCGGAGGAGCGUUCACUGCGCGACACCGGCCGCCACCAAAAUCUGACCAGGCAGAGCUUUCGGUCCGUCCAAUUUCAUCACGAAUACAAUUUCAUCAGUGCACACGUGUCUGGAGCUUCGCUUGGAAUCCUGCCCCGCGGGGCUGGGUCAUGCCCAGUGGCUAUUAACAUCUAGCAAUCGGAACCAUUUCCAACCGGAACCAAGCAACUGGACAGGCUGAGCACGCCGCAGGAGCAAACGCAGGCGGAGGAGGCGCUGCUGGCCAGUGGUGAUAGAUACAGAGGCGGCGGCAGUGGGACACUUUCCACAGCCAUGGCGGAGUACUGGCAGCAGCUGACCAAUGGAGGAGGCGCUGGCGGACGGAGUGCAGCCGCCAGUGACUCACCGGGGGUGUGCAAUGGUGCCGGUCCUGAGGCUGGGACGCACAGCGGCGGCAACAACAACUAUGUGAACUUCAACCAGUUCAUCAUGCAGCUGAACCUCGGAGGAGGUGCCCCCAAUGCCGCAAACUCAAGCUCCAGCUACAUGCAACAUCCCUUAGAGAGCGGGAACAACAUGAACUUCGCCAUUAGCGGAGGCGGAGGAGCCUUUGGCCUGAAUCCCCCAAUGGGAGCUUCGAAUACGAACAACUUCGAGCAUUUCUUUUCACAGCCUGUUUUCCCACGAUAUCAGAACGGCGACGGAAUCGCCAGUGCCGCCUUCACCAAUAGCUAUGAUCUGGGCAACCCGAACGGCAGCAGCAGCAGCAGUCCCUUUUCGAACCUCUACACGCCGUUCGGCAACAAUCCGUUCGACUUCAGCGCUUCCAAGCUUCAGGCCUCGGCGCCCGAAUUUGUGCCUAGUCUGGCCAAGCUGAGUCUAGAGGAGACUUCAGUGGCCACGACGAACGGAAACAGCACUGCCAGCCCCGAAACUGCCAUAAAGGAGUCGGAGGCGCCAGCUGCAGCGGGAGCAGCUAAAGGGGGUGCACCCGGAGGCGCGGGUGCAGCAGGAGGAGUAGCAAGAUCUGAGGAGAGAGGAGCCAACAGCUUCCGCCAGAACCAGAACUACGAUAGGGAGCGGGAGAGGGAUCGCGAUCGCGACAGGGAUAGGGAUCGUGAUCGGGAUCGGCCCAGGCAGCAGCGCCGUUCGGAUUACCGUGAGGAUCGUGAAGAUCGCUACCAGAGGAACGACCGGGAUCGAGACCGGGACCGUGAUCGUGAUCGGGACAGGGACCGGGAUCGCGAUCGCAAGAAGCCACAAAAACAGCAGCGAUACGACAAUCAUCGGAGCAACAAGAGGCGCGAUGACUGGAACCGAAACAGGGAUCGAAUCAACGGAUAUCCCCGGGCCGUGGACGACCUGGACACGAGCAACGAGAGUGCCCAGCCCUCACCCGAGAAGCAGCCGCAGCAACAGCAAAUCUCGCCGAGAAGAAAUCAUCCACCGCCGGCUGACAACGAGAAGCUGUCGCAGAGAGAGAAGCUAAUUCGUGACAUUGAGCAGCGGCGGCUCGAGUGCCUGGUGUGCGUGGAAGCCAUCAAAGCGCACCAGCCCACCUGGUCGUGCCAGAACUGCUACCAUGUUCUGCACCUCAAGUGCACCACCACCUGGGCGAGCAGCUCCAAGUCGGAGGUAGGCUGGCGGUGUCCGGCGUGCCAGAAUGUGCUGCAGGAGCUGCCGCGCGAGUAUCUCUGCUUCUGCGGCAAGCUGAAGAACCCGCCGGUGUCGCGCUCCGAACUGCCGCACAGUUGCGGCGAGGUAUGCUGCCGGAUCGAGGGCUGCAGUCAUGCCUGCACCCUGCUCUGUCACCCGGGCCCGUGUCCGCCGUGUCAGGCCAAUGUGGUGCGCAGUUGCGGCUGCGGGCGCAGCACCAAGACAAUGCAGUGCGCCAUGAAGGAGGAUCUGCUGUGCGGCGAGGUCUGCGACAAGCUGCUCAACUGCGGCGAGCACCGGUGCAAGUCGGAGUGCCAUGCCGGGAAGUGCGUCGCCUGCUCGGAGCAGGUGGAGCAGCACUGCCAUUGCGGCAAGCAGGACCGCCAGGUGACAUGUACGCGCGAGAGCCAGGACAAGCGCAGCUACUCGUGCAAGGAGAGCUGUGGCAAGCCGCUGCCGUGCGGCAAUCACAAGUGCAAAGACUCUUGCCACGCCGGAAGCUGCAGGCCCUGCAAGCUGAGCCCCGACCAGAUAACCAGCUGCCCCUGUGGAAAGAUGCCUGUGGCAUCCAGCCAGCGCACCAGCUGCCUGGACCCCAUCCCCACCUGUGAGGGAAUCUGCUCGAGGGUGUUGCGGUGCGGCAAGCCGGCACAUCCGCAUCAGUGCGGCAGCAAGUGCCACCUGGGCCAGUGCCCACCCUGUCCCAAGCAAACGGCCGUGAAGUGCCGCUGCGGCCACAUGGAUCAGAUGAUCAAGUGCCGCCAGUUGUCCACCCGGGCGGACGAUGCCCGCUGCAAGCGCCGUUGCACGAAGAAGAGGAGCUGCGGAAAACAUAAGUGCAACGCAGAGUGCUGCAUCGACAUCGACCACGCAUGUCCGCUGCCCUGCAACCGGACCCUGAGCUGCGGCAAGCAUAAGUGCGACCAGCCCUGCCACCGCGGCAACUGUCCGCCCUGCUACCGCAGCAGCUUCGAGGAGCUCUACUGCGAGUGCGGAGCCGAGGUCAUCUACCCGCCAGUGCCGUGCGGCACUAAGAAACCGAUCUGCAAGCGCCCAUGCUCGCGAUCCCAUCCCUGCGAGCAUCCGCCGCAACACAAUUGCCACUCGGACGCCACUUGUCCGCCCUGCAUGCUGUUCACCACCAAGUCGUGCCACGGUGGCCACGAACAGCGCAAAACCAUUCCCUGCUCCCAGGAGAGCUUCAGCUGUGGAAUGGCCUGCGCGAAGCCGUUGGCUUGUGGACGCCACAAGUGCAUCAAGCCGUGCCAUGAGGGCGCCUGCCAGGCAGCCGGCGACGUUUGCCGUCAGAGCUGCACCAAGCCACGGCCCACUUGCGGCCACAAGUGCUCAGCACCCUGCCACGAGGGCUCCUGUCCCGAAACGCCAUGUAAGGAGCUGGUGGAGGUGCAGUGCGAAUGCGGCAACCGGAAGCAGAGUCGCAGCUGCCAGGAACUGGCCCGCGAGCACAGUCGCAUUGCCACCGCUCAGCUGGCCUCGUCCAUGGCGGAGAUGUCGCGCGGAAACUACAUGGAGCUCAGCGAGAUCCUGGCUCCCUCCAAGGCCAACAAGUCCAAUCGAACUUUGGACUGCAACGAUGAGUGCCGACUGCUGGAGAGGAAUCGCCGCCUUGCCAUGGCGCUAUCGUCUCGAAAUCCAGAGACCCAGCAAAAGUCCCUCACCAAGUACUCCGAGUUCGUGAAGGGUUUCGCCAAGAGGAACCCGGUGCUGACCAAGAGCGUAUACGAAACGUUGAGCGAUCUCGUCAAGCUGGCCAAGGAGAGCAAGCAGCGGUCGCGAAGCCACUCCUUCCCGACCAUGAACCGAGAGAAGAGGCAGUUGGUGCACGAGCUGUGCGAGAUAUUCGGCAUAGAAUCGGUGUCCUACGACAAGGAGCCUAACCGAAACGUGGUAGCCACGGCGCACAAGGAAAGGUGCUGGUUGCCCGCCACGAGUAUCAUGGAAGUCCUGGCUCGGGAGUCAGGACAAAGACGCGUCCCUGUACCCAGCAACAAUGCCUGGAGCUUAAAGAAAUAGAACUGUUUGGUUGGAGAUAGUACAGAUAUUUUGUAUGUUUAGUCGUUGGCGCUGGAAAAGAUAUUUUAAAAAAGGUGAUGAAAGGAUUCUGAUGGAGCCUCUAGCGCUGCGAGGACAAUACACAACAUAACCACAAAUAUAACCAGUUGCAAGGAUGACCGUUUUCACAUAUAUUUUGUAAAUUAUAAAGAAAGUUAGUUGAACCAUAGAGUGCAUGAAUGUUGAAUACUGAAUGAAAUGAACCAUAGAUAUGCAGGCGCAGUUAUGAAUAAUGCUGUUAACCAA